AUGGCCGUAGCCAUGAGUUCAACCUGUCCGGGACAUUAUUGUGGCAAGAUGUUGAUAAAUGGCUCAUUUGAUGGAGAAUGUGGGUUGAAUUAUCAGGUAUGUCCCAGAGGAGAGAAGACAAACAUGCAGAAGAUCUGUGAGAAGUGUACAGAAUCCCCUGAACUUUAUGACUGGCUGUACCUGGGCUUCAUGGCAAUGCUGCCACUGGUUCUACACUGGUUCUUCAUCGAGUGGUACUCUGGGAAGAAAAGGAGUCGCUGGAGUGCGACGGGACAAGGACAUACCGACGCUGGGCCAACUCUUGAUGCUUUCUGUUUUUCAGAUUAUGCUUUUCCAUACAUUAUUUUGGUGUUGUCCCUGGUUACCCUGGCAGUGUACAUGUCAGCCUCAGAAAUACAGUCUUUCAAGAAUCUCGCUGCCAAGAAGAGGUUGGUGGUGCUCUUCAGCCAUUGGCUCCUUCACGCGUAUGGCAUCAUCUCCAUCUCCCGAUUGGAUAAACUGGAGCAGGACCUACCUCUAUUGGCCCUGGUACCUGGACCCGCCCUUUUCUACCUGCUCACUGCCAGGUUCACUGAACCUUGCCGGAUUCUGUCAGAAGGUGGCAACGGCCACUAGAACUAUUAUAAAUGGAUGUGGGUAUUAAAGUUAGACUCAGGGAAUUGAUGUUGCCACGAGCAGCACCGCAGAUAUUGAGAUGAGCGUGACGCAAGAUUUCGGUCACACGCCUUCUGUGCAUGUUCAGGGGUACACUUCACCCUCUUACAGCAUGGGAGACGCUGGACCAAAACAGUGGAGAAGUUGAGCUUUGUGCAUUCCCGCUCUUAGUUGUUGCGGAAAUUUACCCACUUUGCUGUUUACUUUCUGCGUCUAUGUGAUAUUGCUGAGUCUACCUUUAAUGUCCACCAGUCUAUCAAUUCAGGAGGUGUUGUCCAUGGAGAUAUAUGGAUGCUAGCCUUUACUGCCUUCUCUGAGUAUGGUAGAAGGAUGACUGCUGAAUGCAGUGUUGAUAGUUGAUAUUCCUCUCACAGUGAAAAGGAACAUUUUAUGAUAUUCCUAGAACUAAGGUGGGAAUACAAACAACAUGUGUACAUACUGUAUAUCUAUAAAUUACAAAGCUCCAUAUAUUUAAAGUGUUAAUUAUUGAAUGGUAUUGUUUGUGUCCACAUGAAUGUUGUCCUUACAACCUAAGGCCUAAGAUGUACUGUUCCUCAUUGAGGCUGUUUUGAGAAGUGUUUUGUAUAUAGAUAUUCACUCUGUCAUAUUAUUUUGGGCUCCUGAGUGGCUCAGCGAUCUAAGGCACUGCAUCUCAGUACUAGAGGCAUCACUACAGACUCUGGUUCGAUCCUGGGCUGCAUCACAACCGGCCAUGAUUGUGCGCCGCCCUAUGGGACUCCCAAUUGGCCCAGCGUCGUUAGGGUUUGACCGGGGUUAGGCCGUCAUUGUAAAAUAAGAAUUUCUUCUUAACUGACUUGCCUAGUUAAAUAAAAAAAUAAUAUAUGCUCAACAUCCUUGAUUGUUUUAAGCUCAGAUAUCCUUGAUUGUUGCAGUGCAAUCAAAGAUGGUCUCUGGAUUGUCCAAUAGUUUAAGUUGAGUUAGAUGUUCUUAAACUAAAUCUAAUGUGCCAAAAACUCUGAACACAUGUGUCACGGCUCCUCCUCUGCAUUGCAGGGGCGGUUCCUCCUGCAGGCAGAGGAGGGUCGUUAGUGAUUGGAGCCACCUGGGCUCAGGGUAUAAAAAACUGCUUCACUAAUCACUUCUCUCUCUCUGCUCCUCCAGGUAUGAUCCUGUUAUGUUUGUUCCUUUGUAGUUGUACAUAGUCAUAUUUACACACAGAUUCACGCAUCCAUGCACUUUACAAAAACCUUACAUUAUAAUACUUCCACACCUCAUUCCUUUUUCUUUGUUUAAAGUUAAUAGUUUUGGUUUAGAAUAAAGAACCUUUUUAAUUGGCCUAUACCCGUUGUUCGCCGUGACACAUGCAUAUGUCCAGUGGCAGAUAAAAUAGUUUAUUAUAACCUAAUAUUAUGUUACAAGCCAAGUGGAAUAUAGUUCCAUUAUUUUGCUUGAUCAAAAAUGGAAUGAAAAUGAUCCUGCUGUUUCCCUGUAAAUGAUGUUGGAGAAAUACGCUUGUUGGAUAGUAAGGACAUUAAAUUGUAAAUGUAUUUUAUGCAUGCUUAUAGAAUGCUUGUAAAUAGAUGACAAUGGAUGUGUUUAUUAGAAAUAUAUAAUUUUAUUGCAGUGUAAUUUUAAAACAUACAGAACGAGGACUUGACUAGCUACAAUUUUAACUAUUGUAAAAUGUAUUGUUCAAUUAAACUUGUGAAAUGCU